AUGCGCAUCCACUCAGGCGAGCGGCCCUUCCAGUGUCCUGAGUGCAGCAAGGCCUACCACAACCGCUCCUGCUUCAGAGACCACCUGCAGACGCAUAAGGCGAGCGAGGCUGUCAGCAGGGCGAGCGAGUGUGGCAGAGUCUUCUGCAACCCCCAGAACCUCCGCCAUCAUGUCAGGAGGUAUCACGAGGAGCAGCUGUUUGUGUGCCACUGCGGGCAGAGGUUUGGCCGGGCUACAGCCCUGCACACGCACGUCUGCCAAACCCACACCCAGGAGAAGCGCACCCACGCUAACGUGCACUCGGGGGUCAAACCUUUCGCCUGCGAGCAGUGUGGGAAGAGCUUCAGGAUUCGAUCGCAGCUGCGUAAGCACAUCCAUACCCACUCCGGAGAGAGGCCGUAUGACUGUGAGCAGUAUAGCAAAAGCUUUAGGACUCCCUCGCAGCUGCGUAAGCACAUCCGGACCCACUCCGUGGAGAGGCUGUAUGACUGUGAGCAGUAUAGCAAAAGCUUUAGGACUCCCUCGCAGCUGCGUAACCACAGCCAGACCCACUCCGAGGAGACGCCGUAUGACUGCGAGCAGUGUGAGAAAAGCUUCAAGACUCGCCGGGAGCUGCGUGUACACAGCUGGAUCCACACCGGGGAGAGGCGGUAUGACUGCCCUGAGUGCAGGAAGACAUUCCGGCGUAGCGACGCCAGGAGUGAGCACAUGCGCAUCCACACGGGCGAGCUGCCCUACACAUGCCUGCAGUGCGGGAAAGGUUUCCGCACAACGGGCACCCUCCAGCGCCACCUGGUGACGCACACGACCCAGAGUCUCUUCCAGUGUCCAAAGUGUGACAAGGCCUACAGAUGGCGCUCCUCCCUCUAUUACCAUCUGUAUUCGCACAGGGCGACCCAGCCUCUCACCUGCGGGGAUUGUGGCAGAGUCUUGAGCCACCCUAAGAACCUCCACCGGCACGUCAGGAAGUAUCACAAGGAGCAGCCGUUUGUGUGCCACUGCGGGCAGGGGUUUCGCCAGGCUGCUGCCCUGCACACGCACAUCUGCCGAAACCACACUGGGGAGAAGCACUGA